UGAUUUUUACGCGAAUUCGAGUGGACAUGUCCGACUAGGAAUACAUGGAUAGCGAGAGUCCACUUCUAGUCCUCCACCAUGUCUAGGAAAAGUGGAAAGGGUGGCCUGUGCACCAAGUAGUAGGAUGCGAUGUGCAGUCUCGGCAGAAACCUAACCCGAAGUAUCCAUGGCAUUGAGUCACCUUGUUGCCUGAAGGUAUCCUCGCACAUGAACAGGUCACUCUCUGCAGCAUCAUACUAUACCCUUUGAAUCCAAUUUCCGGCAAAGAAGCUUCUUUCCAUCACCCUCCCCCCUUGUACAUGGUCAAUUGCAGGCAGCCAUGGCCCAACCCACCCCAGACAGCAAGAUGUUUGUCGCAGCCAACGACGCCGAGCAAUUCGUCCGGGAGGUCCUUGUGGCCAACGGCGUAAGUGCGGACAAUGCCGACAUUGUAGCACGGUGCCUGAUCGCAGCCGAUCUGCGCGGCGUGGACACGCAUGGCAUGAACCGCAUUCCGUCGUAUCUGGAACGUGUUCGCCAGGGCGUCUUGGACGGCUCGGCAAGGCCAGAGAUCAGGCAGAUGACGCCCGUGGUAGCGCAGGUGGAUGGGCGCAAUGGGUGGGGCUUUGUGGCUGCCGACAUGGGCAUGGCGGCAGCUAUUGAGGCUGCCAAGGUCUACGGCAUAGGCAUGACGAGCAUCAAGCAUUCGAACCAUUUUGGCAUGAGUGCAUGGAUUGUGCAAAAGGCAUUGGACGCCGACAUGAUGAGCUUGGUCUUCACCAAUUCCAGCCCUGCCCUGCCGCCAUGGGGAGGCAAAUCGAAGCUGCUGGGCGUAUCUCCCAUUGCGUGUGGCGCGCCUGGAAAAGACACGCCCUUUAUUCUCGACAUGGCGCCGUCGGUGGCGGCAAGGGGCAAAAUCUACAAGGCCAAGAGGAGAGGCGAGGCGAUCCCAUCGGAUUGGGCACUGGACAAGGACGGCCAGGCCACGACGGAUCCUGCUGCAGCGCUUGAUGGAGGCGUCAUGCUUCCCAUGGGUGGCCCCAAGGGCUCGGGCUUGGCCAUCAUGAUGGACGUUUUCUCCGGAGUGCUGUCUGGAUCCGCCUUUGCUGGCGACGUCACAGGUCCAUACGACCCUUCCAAGCCAUCUGACGUGGGCCAUUUCCUCGUCGCAAUCAAGCCCGACCUGUUCAUGAGCCUGCAAGACUUCAGGGAUCGCAUGCAGUAUCUCUACGGCCGCGUCGUGGGUGCAGACAAGGCUGCCGGUGUGCAUCGCAUCUACUUUCCUGGCGAGCUCGAGCAGUUGCAACAAAAGGAGCGAGAAGCGACGGGUAUUCCGCUGGUCCAGGCCGAGAUUGACGCUCUGAACGCAGAGGCUGUACGCGUAGGGGUCAGUCCUCUCAAGGUCAAGAGCCAAUAGUUUUGGACCAACAAGACAUGUUUUCAUAAGCUGCCGAGCCUAUGUAUUUUGGCUGUGACGUUAUGUCACGACUGGGCCAACUUGGUCAAAGCCUCUCCCUCGACGCGCAAUCCCACCCAUUCAUCUUUCCUCUUGGCGCCAAUCACCUCACUUUGGUAGAAAUUGAGACUGGGCUCGUUCCAAUCAAGACAGCUCCACUCGAGCCUCGCGCCCCCAACCUUGAGCACCUCUGCAGCAAGCUCUUUCAGGAGCCUCUUGCCAUAGCCCUUCUUCCUGUAGCUCUCUUU